UAGUGUGCUGCAUUCGUCUAUUGGCAGCGUGACCGUAAGCGAGCUUACUGUGUGGAUUCAGUAAGGGGAACAUGUCUCGUAUUCUCUUAAGAUCUUCUUUUCUUAUUUUGAAAGAAGCCGCUGCUAAACCUGUACUGCCAUUACGGUGUUCGAGAGUGAAUCGUCCAAUUUGUACAAGUUCAGCACUGAGAUCAUUGACACGUUAUGAUGAGACGGGUAUAUCCACUGACUGGAAGAAGAAGCUAACUCCAGAGCAAUAUGUGGUUACCAGAGAGAAAGGUACAGAGGAGCCCUUUAGUGGGAUCUACCUGAACCAUAAUGAGGUUGGAAUGUACCACUGCAUCUGCUGUGACACACCACUCUUCAGCUCGGAAGCCAAGUACGACUCUGGUACUGGAUGGCCGUCCUUUAAGGAGGCACAUGGAGCAUGGGAGGGAGACGAGAGCCACUCCAACAUUCUGCGUCGCCCUGACAACUCACUGGGCAGUACUGGGACAGAAGCCAUUUGCAAACAUUGUGAUGCCCACCUUGGACAUGUUUUUGAAGAUGGCCCAGACCCCACAGGCCAGCGGUUCUGCAUUAACAGUAGAGCCCUCAACUUCAAACCCAGAGUCAAGUAGGACCCAGGGUUCUCUCCCAUCCCGGUAGAAGAAGAACCAGUCCUCCGCAAAGCGACUUCCUUGUAGUUCACUGCUGGGAUUGUGUAAAUAAGAUUGCUGUGCAUUUUCACCCGUGAGCUUAGUCUUACUCUCAGACAAGAUGUCGUGAGCAGGUUGUUCUGUGCGUUUGCUUCCUUUUGUGUGUGAAAUUCAGUCUUUAACUGGACCAAGAAAUGAUCAUAGAAAUGUUUUUGUGCAUUACAUUAUAUUCAUUAAGUAUACAUUAAGUUUAUAAUUUGGUUUCUGAAUGAAUGGCAUGUUCUUCUGAAAUGUAUCUACAGUAUAACCAAUAUCCCUGCUGCUUGUGAUUUGUUAGGGAUGUUGUGUGUGGAUACGCAGUUUGAACUGAUUGAACUGUGACUAACUCUAUGACUAUGUGCAUAGUACAACUUGACAAUUUUUUUAAGAUUGUACUUAAUAGUGGUGAUUUUAUUCUAUUAGAAUGUCUGUUCCAAAGUUUGAGAAGCUGAAAACAUUGUUAACUUUGAAAAAGUGGUUACAUUAGCAUUUAUAUUAUAUGCUAAAUAGUUGGUCUAAUUCUGCAUUGGGGCAAAUGAAAACCGUUACCCUUGACUCCAUUCCAAAAUGGUCUAUUCUCAUGUUUCUCAGGUCAUGUGAAAUGGUAAUUCAGGAACGCCUGGUUUACAUGCUGGUAUGUGCACUAUAAGGGAAGACUAAUUCGACAAGUUAAAUCACUGCAGCAUUUUAAUGGAAAUAUUGCAAUGUAUUUCAGAAUCUCCCCAGGGUUAAUUGUAGAGAAGUAAAAGAUGAAUUUAAGUUACAGUAUAGUUACAUUAGACCCUUGGAGAAUGUUUUAUAUAGCAAAAGAAAAAUCCAUAUCCAUAAUCAAAAUCCAUAAUCAAAUGGAUCGCAUAUGCUGAUGCUUACUCGCACAUUACAUUUUAUCAGUUUCUGAAAAUAAGGUGAUACAUUAUCAUUAAAAUUUAUUUUUUCUUAAAUAAGGCUGUACAUAAACAUUUUGCAUUUUGUCUCGCAGCGUAUCUUGAUAUCUAGUCAUGAAUAAAAUAUUUUGACAACAAACAAA